UCUGGACAGAGGCUGACAACAUGGAGCUGGCAAGCAUAAUCUCCCUCUUCUUGGUCGCCUAUCUCUCCUGCCUCGUCCUGCUGUUCGUCCGGAGGAAGUCCUCUGCCAGGGGCCGGCUGCCUCCUGGACCCUCUCCUCUGCCUCUGGUUGGGAACUUCCUGCAAAUUAAGGCAUUCAAAACCUUGUCUUCCCUCCUCAAGCUGCGGGAAAAAUACGGCCCCGUCUUCACGGUGUACUUUGGGAACCGCCCGAUUGUGAUCUUGUGUGGCUACGAAGCCGUGAAGGAGGCCCUGAUUGACAAGGCGGAAGAAUUCUCCGGGAGGAAAACCAACCCGACCCUGCAGAGGACCUUCCAGGGUUACGGGGUGGUCUUUGCCGAGGGGGAGCGCUGGAAGCAGCUGCGCCGGUUCUCCCUGACCAUCCUGAGGAAUUUUGGAAUGGGGAAGAAAUCCAUCGAGGAGCGGAUUCAAGAGGAGGCCCAGUUCCUGCUGGAGGAAUUUCAGAAGACCCAAGAGAAGCCCUUCAGCCCCAUCUUCUUCCUCAACUGCUCCGUGUCCAACGUCAUCUGUUCAAUCAUUUUUGGGAAUCGUUUCGAUUACAAAGACAAGGAAUUUCUGGCUCUCAUGAAGAUGAUGAAUGACAGCUUUCGGCAGAUGAGCAACAGCUGGUCUCAGUUCUACGAUAUCUACGCCAACCUCCUGAGAUACUUCCCAGGGCCCCACACCAAGAUCUAUGACAUCCUGGAGGACAUGAGGCUUUUCAUUGCCAGGAGGGUGAAGAAGAACAAGGAGACCCUGGACCCCAACUCUCCCCGGGAUUAUAUUGACUGCUUUCUCAUCCAGAUGGAGAAGGAGAAGGACAACCCGAACAGCGAAUUCAACCAGAAGAACCUGGAGAUGACCACCCUCAACCUGUUUUUUGCCGGGACAGAGACGGUCAGCUCCACCCUGCGAUACGGAUUUCUGUUGCUGAUGAAGUACCCUGAAGUGCAAGCAAAAAUGCAGGAAGAAAUUGACAGUGUGAUUGGCCAGAACCGGAUCCCCAACAUUGAAGACCGGAGCCACAUGCCCUACGUGGACGCAGUCAUCCAUGAAGUGCAGCGGUUCAGCGACCUCAUCCCCAUGAACGUGGCCCACGCGGUCACCCGUGACACAGAAUUCAGAGGCUACCUCAUCCCGAAGGGCACAGAAGUCUUUCCCCUGCUCAGCACCGUCCUGCAUGACGGCACCAAGAUUAAAAGCCCCGAAGGGUUCCACCCGGAGAACUUCCUGGAUGAGAACGGGCGCCUGAAGAGGAACGACGCCUUCGUCCCCUUCUCUGCAGGGAAGCGUGUUUGCCUGGGGGAAGCCCUGGCCCGGAUGGAGCUCUUCCUCUUCUUCACCACCAUCCUGCAGCGGUUCCAGCUGAAGCCUGUGGUGGAGCCCAAGGACAUUGACCUGACACCCGAAGAGUUCGGCUUUGCCACCAUCCCGCCCCUGUACGAGCUCUCGGUCGUCCCCCGCUGAGAGAAGGGAGCCAAGCGGGUGGGCGAGUGCGCCCCACCUCUGCACUCCUGUGCUUUUGCACCAGCUGGACUUUCGGGGGGGGGGUUGUUUGCACAGUCUCCUUCUCUGCAACCCCCCCAGGGGCCAGGAUCUUUGAGGGGCUGGGGAAAGAUGCCUCUUCCAGGUGUUUGCCUUGAAAAUAUAAAGCUUUGCGGGGAUGCAGGUGA